AUGGACGCGCCUUCCCACGGCCACGCAAGCGCCUCCGACAUCAGCCCUCUGCUGCGCCAAAGGAUGUUGAACCGCCCAGCGACCUUCGCCGAGGGCGUGCAACACUCGCCUUCAGCCCCCUCUGCCCGCCGAAGCUCCUUGCUCUCCAAUUUCUCAGACACGCGACACUCGUUCCGAUCCUCGACCGAAGACCUAAAGUUCCGCGGAAACAAUGACAUGGACAAGUUCACGUCGUCGGACGAGCCCACACACUGGAGUUCGGCCCCAGUCGUGUUUGCAGUACUCCCGGCAGUAGGCGGACUGUUGUACCAGGGCGGCGGCCCCAUCUUGACGGACCUGUUGACGCUGCUCUUGGCGGGAUGGUUUCUCAAUUGGUGUGUGAGAUCGCCAUGGAACUGGUACCACGCAGCUCAGCAGAGGCAUUACAUUGACUCGAGUGGAGUGCAAUACAACGAUAGCAUUCCCGAAGAAGACGAAGACAGCACUGGAGGUUUCGAUGAGCGAACCGAGCCUGCUGCAAAGGUGUCAGGUGAACCAGAAGUCGAUGAGUCGACUGGCGCGCCGCCUGUGACGGAUGCGCAGAAGGAUGCUUGCGAGGAACUGAAGCGGCAGGAGCUCGUGUCUUUCGUUGCGUGCUUUGUUGGCCCGUUGGUUGGAGCCUACCUGAUGCACACCAUCCGUGCACAGCUCACGCGCGCCGACUCCCUCAUCUCGGACUAUAACCUUACCAUUUUCAUCCUCAUGGCAGAAAUCCGCCCAGUUGGCCGUCUCAUCAAAAUGAUUGAAGAGCGGACGCUGCGUCUCCAGCGCAUCGUCAGAUCAGAUCCUAGGGACGAGUGGAAGCCUGCCGAUGCACAGGCUAUCUCGCAGCGUCUGGCUGAACUGGAAGCAAAAUCCAACGGGCCAGCUAAAAGCAGCGACGUAGACAUCAUGACAAUCAGUGCAGAGGUUCGUCAAAGCAUGCAGCCACAAUUAGACGCCCUCAAUCGUGCGGUUCGACGGUACGAGAAGCGUCAUAUGGCACAGUCGUUGCAGAUUGAAGCGCGUUUCCAGGAAAUCGAUGUGCGACUGAAAGAUACCCUUUCAUUAGCUGCAGCCGCUGCACGAACAGGACAGAGACCAGGCCUUGUCGCCACUGCCAUAAGCUGGAUUGCGAGCGCUGUUAAUUUCGGCAUGCAAACGACAUGGGAUCUCGCCAUGUAUCCUCCGCGGACGGCGAUUUCGAUGAUCACAUCAAUCAAGUCUACCGUCAGCGGGCGUCAACCACGAAAGCGCGAAAAGGGACAACUUAAUGGAUACUCGUCGUCGAUAUCCACGCCGAGAAUGCAGUCAAAAAGCGGACGAUAA